AUGCGCUCGUUCACUAUCGCCGCCGCUGCCGCCCUCAUCUCCUCAGCCUAUGCUUCUCCAUGGGCUAUGGGCGGUCUCUGGGGAGGAAAAUCCGACCCAACCAAGUGUUUGAACCAAGCUACUGCUCAGUAUCUGGUUGACGGUUUUGGCAAACUCAUCUCCGCCUACACCGACGCUGACGCCCAGAAGCUGUUGGCCGACAACCUCGUCGACUAUUCUGACUCCAUCAACUCCCUCAUCGGCCAGCCAGUUGGGGGACCUACCUUUCCAAGCAAGGCAGCUUUCAUGGCGGGACAGGGCUCUCAGCCUCCAGUUCCUUUCCAACUUCUUGCCCUCGAGGCCUUCAACUGUGACACCAUCUCCUUCCGAUGGCUUGCUGGUCUCCAGCCUCAGCCAGUGAAGGGUAUCACGGUCCUGAAAGCCUCCAACAGCCAAGGCCAGAAGGACACAUGGCAGAUCAGCACCAUCUAUACCGAAUUCAACAGCAUUGCUUGGUUGGAGGAUAUUGGUGGCAACGUGACCUACCCCAGCCACUAA